AUGGUGAACUACAAAAACUGGAUUGGAGAGAUCAACGACGACACUAAAAUCUCAAAGUUGUCUAUUCCUGGUACGCACAAUUCUGCUGCUUGUCACACAGCUUUACCUUCGGUGCAAUGCCAAGGUGCUAGUGUUACCGAACAAUUGGAACACGGGGUCAGGUUCCUUGAUAUCAGAGUCGGAAAAUUAUUCAUUGGUGAUAACAAAAAGGACUUGCAGGUUAUCCAUGGAAAGUUCCCGGUAAAGAUUCCAUUUCCCUUGAAAUUGACGGAAGUAUUGGAAGAAGUUUACAAAUUCCUUGAACACAACAGAAGCGAGACUGUCAUUGUUUCUAUAAAACAGGAAGGUUCUGAUGACUGGGAUAAUCAACAGGACGAGUUUGGAAAAUUGAUCUGGGAUCACUACGUCAAUCCAAACAAGGACAGAUGGUACUUGAAUACGGAUAUACCAAGAGUUAGGGACGCUCGUGGAAAAGCAUUGCUAUUCAGAAGAUUCGGCGUCCAGGACGAGAACUUAAGGAACCAAUUUGGUUUCGGUGCAUCGUCAUGGUCAUACAACACCACCGACGACGACCGUGGUUCUUUUGUGGUUCAAGAUUUUUGCGAAGUGCAAUCGGCAGACGACUUGCCAAAGAAAAUCCAAUACGUCAAGGAUUUGGCCAAAAAAGCACAAGACUAUACAAAUAAUCACGAUGAUAAGUUGUUCCUCAACUUCACAUCAGGCUCAAACUUUUUUGACCAAAAUUGUUGGCCACAGCCUAUCUCCGAGGCCAUGAUUAAAGGUAAUAUUCAAGAAACUUUCCAUAAGGGUGUGGGAAUUAUCGUAUUGGAUUAUGCUGAGGCAGAAAACUGGAAGAUGUCAAAGAAGCCAGACUACCUAUCGAACAUUAAUGACGAAAAAUUGCGCAAAAUAAUUGAAGGCACCAACCUCGGCCAGGAAUCAAAACAAGAGAAGCUCGAAGAGGAACGAAAGAAAUUGGAAAAGGAGAGGGAAGUGUCGAGGAAAUUGAAAGCAAAGGAAAGGGAAGAGGAGGAAAAGCGAAAGGCGGAGGAUCGUGAAGCUGAACUUUCCAAGGUUAAUAAAAAACACGAAGCGAAUUUCAGUACUACCGAUUCAGGAAAACUUAAAGGGGUAGAUGAAGAAGUCCACGACAAGACUGUAAAGAAUAAGGAGAAGGGUACUCAACAAAAAUUGAGAGUGGAAGAUAAAAUUAUUGCCAGUACCGAGGAUGCAAUUGAUGAAUCAGAUAUACCAAAUUUAGCCAAAGAAAUAAAUGAAACAAUCCAGGAAGAAAUUGGAGACUUGCCUUCACAGAAAGCAAAGCAGCAAAGUCAGCUUGCAAAGAAGGUAUCACACUAUUUAGAUUCGGCACAUGAUACAAUACUUACAGUGACCAGAGCGUUGAAUGAUGUCACUGGCUACUCGGCAAUAGAGCGAUUGAAGAAAUCCAUUCAGAAUCAAGAAGAAGACUUGAAGAAGGCGAAAGAGGAGGUUAAAAAGUGUAAAUUGGAUUAUAGUGACGCUAUCCAGAAACGAUCACAUUCGCAGCGAGAGGUUAACGAAUUGCUAACGCGAAAGCACAAUUGGUCGCUGCAGGAUUUGGAAAGAUUUACAGAAUUGUACCGCAACGACCAUGAAAACGAGAAUAAUGAACAAAAGUGUGAGCAGAAGUUGCAGGAUGUUGAACUGAAGGUGGAUGGAAUCCAGCUUAAGUUGACCCAGCUGAUAUUGACGAGAUACCACGAGGAACAAAUAUGGUCCGAUAAAAUAAGAAGGUCUUCCACGUGGGGCACUUGGAUAUUGAUGGGCCUUAACGUCUUGUUGUUUGUCUUUGCUACAUUUAUCGUUGAACCGUGGAAGAGAGCGAAAUUAGUGAAAGGAUUUGAGGACAAAGUAAAGAAUGUUCUUGUUGGAAUCAGUCAACAGAACGAACAGAUUUUGGAGCCGAUAAUAGAACAGUUAGAACAGGAUGACGGGGAUGUUAGCAAACAAAGCAAGGAGCAGUCAAAACUAAAUUACAACGAGACAGAAAGUGAAACUGGCAUCGAUUCAUUGUCAAAUUUUCAUUUCAAACUCUUUGCCAGUCAAUUACCUACCUUGAAGGAAGUCUGUGUACGAAAUUACAAGGCCAUUAUGUCACCUCAAGUUAAGUCACUAGAACUAGAUAAAUUCGAGUUUGGUGUAUACACAGCGUCCUUAUUGAAGGAGCUAGACUUGAUAAAGAUACAAGAGGAGUACAUAAAAGAUGAACAGCGUCAUUUGAAACGUGAAUUAAUUCGAGCACAAGAAGAGGUGAAGAGAAUUAAAUCGGUGCCUUUGGUAAUUGGUCAAUUCUUGGAGCCUAUAGAUGAAAAUACCGGUAUCGUUUCAUCGACAACGGGGUCAAACUACGUUGUGCGUAUUUUAUCCACAUUGGACCGUGAAUUGUUGAAGCCAUCGUCGUCAGUCGCAUUACACCGUCAUUCCAACGCAUUGGUCGACAUUUUACCACCCGAAGCUGACUCUUCUAUCUCUAUUGUUGGAGAUAAUGAAAAGCCUGAUGUGACGUAUGCUGAUAUUGGUGGUCUAGAUAUGCAAAAGCAAGAAAUUGUUGAGUCUGUCGAGUUGCCAUUGGAACAAUCACAUUUGUAUAGCCAAAUUGGUAUAGACCCACCUCGCGGUGUAUUGUUGUAUGGUCCACCAGGUACUGGUAAGACAAUGUUGGUCAAAGCUGUCGCCAAUGCCACCAAGGCCUCGUUUAUAAGAAUCAAUGGUUCCGAGUUUGUUCAAAAGUAUCUCGGUGAAGGUCCACGUAUGGUGAGAGAUGUGUUUAGAUUGGCCAGAGAAAAUUCACCAGCCAUCAUUUUCAUUGAUGAGAUUGAUGCAAUUGCAACGAAAAGAUUUGAUGCCCAAACUGGUGCUGAUCGUGAAGUGCAGAGAAUCUUGUUGGAGUUGUUGAACCAGAUGGAUGGGUUUGACCAAACGUCGAAUGUCAAGGUGAUUAUGGCAACGAACAGAGCCGACACAUUAGAUCCUGCAUUGUUGAGACCGGGUAGAUUGGACAGAAAGAUUGAGUUCCCAAACUUGAAAGACAGAAGGGAAAGAAGGUUGAUUUUCACAACUAUAGCAUCAAAGAUGUCCUUGGCUCCAGAGGUGGACUUGGACUCGCUUAUAAUAAGGAAUGAUCCGUUAUCGGGUGCUGUAAUAGCGGCUAUUAUGCAAGAAGCUGGUUUAAGGGCUGUGAGAAAGAAUAGAUAUAUGAUUUUGCAGAAUGAUUUGGAAGAGGCUUACAGCUCACAAGUGAAGACGGGAACUGAGCAUGACAAAUUUGAGUUCUAUAAAUAA